AUGGCCCCUCCCCCCGCUGAGGACCCCGAAGAGCUCGUCGACUACGACGACGAGGCCGAGGAGCCCUACGUUGCUCCUACCACCGCCGCCCCGGCCGCUGCCGGUGUCGACGGUGGAGACGCUGACAAGAAGGGAAGCUACGUCGGUAUCCACUCAACUGGCUUCCGCGACUUCCUCCUCAAGCCUGAGAUUCUCCGUGCCAUUUCUGACCUUGGUUUCGAGCACCCGUCCGAAGUCCAGCAGGAGUGUAUCCCCCAGGCCAUCCUUGGCACUGACGUUCUCUGUCAGGCCAAGUCGGGUAUGGGUAAGACGGCCGUGUUCGUCCUUGCCAGUCUGCAGCAGCUCGAGCCUGUCGACGGUGAGGUCAGCAUUAUUGUCCUCUGUCACACCCGACCUCCUCUUCCUGGUGGAGACGCUGACAAGAAGGGAAGCUACGUCGGUAUCCACUCAACUGGCUUCCGCGACUUCCUCCUCAAGCCUGAGAUUCUCCGUGCCAUUUCUGACCUUGGUUUCGAGCACCCGUCCGAAGUCCAGCAGGAGUGUAUCCCCCAGGCCAUCCUUGGCACUGACGUUCUCUGUCAGGCCAAGUCGGGUAUGGGUAAGACGGCCGUGUUCGUCCUUGCCAGUCUGCAGCAGCUCGAGCCUGUCGACGGUGAGGUCAGCAUUAUUGUCCUCUGUCACACCCGUGAACUCGCGUACCAGAUCCGCAACGAGUUCACCCGUUUCUCCAAGUACAUGCCCGAGGUCCGCACCUCUGUCUUCUACGGUGGAACCCCUAUCUCUGCCGACCAGGAGAUCCUUGCCUCCAAGGAGAAGUGCCCUCACAUCGUUGUCGGUACCCCUGGUCGUAUGAUGGCUCUCGUCCGCGACAAGAAGCUCAACGCCUCGAAGGUCAAGCACUUCGUUCUCGACGAGUGUGACAAGAUGCUGGAACAACUCGACAUGCGCCGUGAUGUUCAGGAAGUCUUCCGCGCCACCCCCCACCACAAGCAGGUUAUGAUGUUCUCCGCCACUCUCUCGAAGGACAUCCGCGCCACCUGCAAGAAGUUCAUGCAGAGCAUCUACGUCGACGACGAGACCAAGCUCACGCUUCACGGUCUUCAGCAGUACUACCUCAAGCUCGAGGAGAAGGAGAAGAACCGCAAGCUGAACGACCUCCUCGACAACCUGGAGUUCAACCAGCAGUUCAAGGCUUUCGAGAAGCGUAUCCUCGUCGCCACCGACAUCUUCGGUCGUGGUAUCGACGUCGAGCGUGUCAACGUUGUCAUCAACUACGAUGCUCCCGCCGACGCCGACUCGUACCUCCACCGUGUCGGUCGUGCUGGACGUUUCGGUACCAAGGGUCUCGCGAUCACCUUUGUCUCGUCCGAGGCCGACCAGGAGGUCCUCCAGAAGAUCCAGGAGCGGUUCACUGUCGCUAUCCCCACGCUCCCCGACACUGUCGACCCCGCGACCUACAUGACCUCUACCACGCCACCAGUUUUCAUCCUCUCGGUCUUCGGCACCAUGUACAUCCCUUCCAGUCGUCGCCGCUGCUGCCCGGCCCACAUCGACACGCCGAAGCCUUCAACCACGGACAAGGAGAUCUACACCCACACCACAGUCAAUCUCCAGGAUCAAGCGCAUAUCGAUCGCUACGUCGAGGUGUACCGCGCCUGGGGGGAGAGGCAGCCCGUCUCUACUUCCGACCUGGAACGCCUGCGCAUCCGCCUCGCCCAGAUGCAGGCGCGCUGUGCCCGCCUAACGAUUAGGGGAAUCGACACCAUCACCCUUGCAAGUGGAGCCCUAGUCGCCAUGGAUAUGAGCCAUCGCGCGCUCGCUCUGAUCUACAACUCGAUGGACCCGGACGACCCCUGGAGUGCGGGCAGGGCUCUGGGGCGGAUCUACGGGUGCAACUUGCUCUCGAACAUACCUUGGGCGUCGCAGAGGAGGGUUCGCCGUAAUGUCGUGUAUGCUGUCGUGCUUGAGACGGCGUACAUGUACAUGGGGGAGGAGGAGCAGCGCGCAAUUGCAAUCGCGCUUUUGCCGGGGUCUACGCUUCAGCUUGUGGAAGUUGGGCGUCCGACGAAGAGGAGGAGGAUCGGUGCAGAGAGUCUAAAUAACGCAGCGCUUCGCUCGCCUGAGUCACGAGAUGGUCCCGCCGCUACGCACACACUCGAGGGCGAGGGGCGCAACACCGCUGCCCAUCCCUUGCACACCUCUAGUCGAUUCUCCGUUUGUCAAACUUCUGCAGAGCACUGGGUGACUCGUCGGACAGAAGCGCCUAAUCACCGCUCCGGAGGGUCGACACAUCGCCACCCUCUGCCUCAGCACAGCAUGAGCGACCUGUACAUCCCCUCCCGCCGCCGCGAUCUGGCUCCUGCCAAUAGAGAUCUCUCUACCUCCACCACCGUCGACUACUCGUACAAGCCAGUGGACCCUCGCAAACAAGAAGAGACCGACCGCUUCAUCGAGAUCUACCGCGACUCUUCAGCGAAGCAGCCCGUCUCGGUCCGAGACCUGGAGCCGCUGCGUAUCCGUCUCGCGCAGCUGGACGCGCGUCGCGCCCGCCUCCCUCCAUCAGGCCUAGCCAACGUCAUCGUGGCCGCCGAGACAGUGGCCGCUGUGCACAAGUUGAACCGCGUGAUCGACGAGCUCCGCCCGCCCAUCAACACGAACAAGAACAAGACUUCCGUUCCCGGUCGCACCUUGCGCCGGCUGUAUUAUUUGUAUGCCAGCUCUUCUCCUGCGUGGGGGAAGCUGAGGAGCUUCCGCCGCAAAGCCCUCGCGUCUAUCAUCAUUGCGACGGCCGACAUGGAGGAAGAGGAGGCGGUUUGCCUCGCUAAGGCACUCAUGCCUUCUGCGAAGACGCGCUUCGUGACGGUAGAGGUCGAGGAGGAAGAGCUGGAGGAGGGAAAGUCUGCUUGA